GAACCAUGAAGCUCACCCUAUCCGCUGGACUUCUCCUGCUGGCCUGCUGUCUGAGCCAGGCCCUACCCCAGGGUCGUGUGGCCGGUGGCGAGGACGCCGUCCUCGGUCAGCUGCCCUACCAGGCUGCCCUCUCAAUCGGUGGCAGCUACAACUGCGGUGCCGUGAUCAUCGCCGAGCGCUAUGCCCUCACAGCUCUCACCUGUGUCUGCUCCGAUGGCAAGAGCACGCCUUGGUCUGCUAACCUCUUUGGCAUCACCUUUGGAUCCGUGGAUCUCUACACCGGCGGCAAGGAAAUUCGCGUUGAGGAAAUCACGAUCAAUCCCAACUACAACACCCUCAAGACCGGCCUGGCACUGCUCCGCCUCAAGGAGCCCAUUGUCUUCGACGAGAACGUGAGUGCCGUGGCACUGGCCAGCGAAAACCCACCAGUGGGCGCCCAUGUGGAUAUAUCCGGCUUUGGACGCACCACCGAAUCGGAGGUCAACAUGCACCGCACCCUGCAGAUUGGCCAGGCCGCCGUAAUGCCCGCCCGUGAGUGCCGUUUGAGCUAUAGCGAGGAUGAGCCCCAGGACAACGACCAAGUGCUCUGCCUGGGCCAUGAGCGUCGCAAUGGCAUCUGCAGAGGCGACAUUGGCGGACCUGCCGUCUACCAGCAGCAGCUGGUGGGUCUGGCCGGCGAGAUGCUGGGCGAAUGCGGUGGCCUGCUCCCAGAGCGCUUCAUCAGCAUUGCGGCCAACUAUGAUUGGAUCCAGCAGCAUAUCCAAUAAAUUUCAAAACUACCUUAUUUCAUAUUCAAGCAAGAA